CAGCAUGCUGUAAAGAAAGUAAAAAUAAUUUCAGUAAUAAAAGGGUAGGUACGGAGGAAAUGAUUUUUCAGUUCCCAAACCACCCGACCUCUCGCUCCCAGUGGGUGCCCCUGUGGCUCCGCGAGGCCUUAAGCGAGGGCGGAGGGGGCAGACCCCAGCGGCUCCAGCAGUUCCCCAGGACGAGCCAGGGCCGCCGGCGUCCGCUGCGAGAGUCUUCCGCUGCUUCCUGCUUGCCCUGGGCUGAGGGCCCGGAGUGACAGCCCCAGGGGACGGCUGGGAGGAGGCCAGGCUGGCCUCCACGGGCCACACUGCCUGUUCCGCGGCCACCGAAGCGCAGCCUGACUCACGUGCGUGCUGGCCUGUGAUACUCAGGGGGACUAGUGGCAGGUUGGACCUCCCCAGCGGCCCGUGAGCUGCCUGAGCUCUGAAGCAAUCAACCCUCUAUUAAAAUCAAAUUUAUAACCCCUAAUAAUAUUAAGCAAAAUUAUUAAAAUAAUUGGCAUAUGUUCCCGAGCCUUGGGAGAGUUCAUUGGACACAUUAUAAGCUGUGAAGAAAAUCGUUCAGGGUUUUUCCUUAUCCCUGGGGGAGUAGGCAAGAGUCCGAUUAAAUAUUCAUUUUGUGAGCAAGAAGGGAACGGUCCUAUUGCAAAUAUUUUCAACCUUUUCAUCGGGAGGCUGGAGAUCUAGUCCUGAGAUAUCCCAAAUACGUAUCUGUGUGCUCAGAGGGCGGCUUCAUUAACCUAAGGCCUUGAGGCCUUCCUAGAUGCAGGAAGACGAAAUGGAUGCGCUCCAAGGUCACGGUGGUACGACUGCUUUCCAGAGGGAGCUCGCUCCAGCCCACAGCCCUGUUAGCGUUCGGCAGAGAAACACGACGUGUCUGGGCCUGGGCCCGGAAGAUCGCCGCCGGAAAGUGUUCUAGCCCAGCCGAGGCCGGCAGAGCCCUCGGGAAAGGCGUCCUGCGCCUCGAGGCUUUGUCCGCAGCAGCCCUCGGCCGUGCGGCUUGGUGCGGGGCCCUGCGCGCACUGUCUCUUAGUGAGCCCUUCGGAUUCCAGCAGGCGAAUGAGAACGAGGGAGACCGCGUGGGAAGGGCGAAGACGCCCGGCCCCUGUCCUGAAGGGCGCGGCGGCGGUGCCCGAGCCGGGAGCCUGGCGGGGUGGGGGCCCGAGCGGGGAUGACCCAGCCCCCGCCCCCAGCUCCAGCCCGGGCGCUAACCUGCCCCUCCGGGCUGCUCGCGCCUGGAGCGCGUCCUCGCCUCCCGCGGGCCCGGGCUGCGCCGCGGCUCUCCGCCGCCGUCACCUUGAACUUCAGGGAGCCGAGGCCGCCCGCCUCGCGCAGCUCCGCCCGCCGCCGAAGGAGCCCCACCUCGAGGUUGGCGCUCUGCGGAGGCGGCCGGAGCUCCCGCGGGAGGCGCGUCCCGAGCAGCCGCCGUGGUCCUCGCCGCGUCCUGGAGGGCCGCGAGGACAGCGGCCAGGGGCAGCAGGCUCUCCGCAGCCCCCGGCGGGGAGGAGGCCGCGCGAGCCGGGACGCGGCGGUUCUCCCGCAGCGAAGACGCCGCCCUGGCCCGGGCCUCUUCUCCCCGCCGCCGCCACCUUCCUCUCCCUCCACCCACCCUGUUCCCUUUGUCUCUUUUUCAGACGGAUGUUUUCAGUCUCAAGUUGUUUUUUUUUUUUUUUUCUUCCGCACAAAACCCCGACAUCAAGGGCAGACCACGGGCUGGAGCCGGGCUCGGGUUUCCCCAGGCUCCUGCUAUUCGCCAGGGCCCAGUGUGAGGCUAGGGAGGCCUCGCCCGCGCUGGCUCGCGGGGCUGGGGAAGUGUGGCCCGGGACGGCCCCGGGGAGCUCGGUGGUGGCACAGGAGGCUGGAGACGCGCAGAUUACCAACGGUGAAGGCAGUGGCGCUGGGGAGCAGAAGGGAGCAGCGUGGCCAGAGGAGGCACAAGGGGACAGACAGAACAGGAGUAGCACCCCAGAUGACCAUAGCGUAGUUGAAGCUUCUCCGGCUUCUCUCCGAGCUGCUUCUCCAGGGCUCCGAGUGCUCCUGACCCGGCAGCUCUAAGUGUGGGCAUCCAGCUCCCUUUGAUGGGAGCAAAGGGCUUUGACUGCUUUUCCAAAACCUGUUGCGGUGCCAGCAAAACCCCCAGCCCAGAGCGAGGCAGAGCUCCACGCUGCGAGCCUGCCUGGGACGCACCGCGCUAGGUUGGUUUUGCUUUGUCUUCUGGGCCCAGUGGACCCACAUGGGCGAGCGUGCUUUCCUGAAACCGUGGAGUCGGCCAGUCCUGCCUGUCCACCGUCUCCAGCCUCUGGCCUGUCGCCCCGCACCCACCGCAGUCCCGCACUUCCCGCACGCCUGAGAAUGGGGGCUUAAUGAGCGCGGACGCGGGGCUGGCCCGUGGUUCUGAGGGAUGCUCCGACCUGUGGGGAGGGCAGAAAGGUCAGGCUCACGCAGGGCCCGACUGGGGCUCCUCCCAGGCCCAAGCUGCUAGGAUAUUGAUCCUGGGAGAAAGAUAAACAGAAGAGCUGGACAUUCAGCCACGAAUCCUAAUGAGCCACGGCGGAGUUUUAAUUGCUGUGGACUCCCUUUUUUCAGUCCAUCUUUCCUGCAAACUUCUCUGGAGUCAGCCUUCGUUUUGUGAGUUGUCGUUUCCCUCCUGAUAGUUCCGUGUGUCAGCUUUAUUUUUUUCUCCUUCUCAGUCUUCAUCUGAGCCUCGGGAGCCGUCAAGAACAGUCCGUGUUCUCAGAGUGGCUCAGAAUUCUGCUCACUAAUUCUGGAAAUGUAGGAGGAUCCUAUAAAAUAAAUUGUUUCAAUGUGGUCUUGAUGAGCCUGUUUCUUGACUUCCCCAAUCUUACGGUUUCGAAGAUUUGUUCGCUCCUGUCCUUAAGCUUCCCCUUGAUGAUCGCGCCUUUUCUCUGGGCACCCAGCCUCUUCUUAGCU